AUGAAGGAGAUCUUCGUAAACCACCACAUCAACCUUCCAAAGAACUGGUUGAAAAAGAUCUUACUGAAGAAGAAAAGGCAGAAGAAGCAACAGGAGGAACAAAAUCAUCAUCGGAUGAAGAAGUUGGCUGAACUACACAGAAGGGAAAAGAAGUCUUACCAGUCGUUUCUCUUUAUUGCAGCGGCUGAUGCUCCCCCGAAAAAGCCCAAGGGUGAACCACAACACGUCCUAUUUGCUGAAAAGCAGCAGAAAAGAAACGCUGGAACAAAACGGAAGAGGGGGAAGGAAUGCGCUGCUUCUCAGGCUGCUGAAUCCCAGGUGUUUAAUCCACAGUGGAGAAUCCACACAGGGAAGAAGCCUGAUAAGUGCUUGCAGGGUGGAAGCAGCUUUGUUUGGAAGAGAGACCUCCCUGGCCACCAGCGUAUCCACACUGGGGAGAAACCUUAUAAAUGCUUGCAGUGUGGAAAGGGCUUUGCUUCGAGUUCAGACCUUACUGUCCAUCAGCGUAUCCACACUGGGGAGAAACCUUAUAAAUGCUUGCAGUGUGGAAAGAGCUUUACUCAACGUUCAAACCUUACUAUCCAUCAGCGUAUCCACACUGGGGAGAAACCUUAUAAAUGCUUGCAGUGUGGAAUGAGUUUUGCUUAUAAUUCCAUAUUUAUAAUCCAUCAGCGUAUCCACUCUGGGGAGAAACCUUAUAAAUGCUUGGAGUGUGGAAAGGCCUUUGCCUCGAAUUCAGAGCUUAUUGUCCAUCAGCGAAUCCACACUGGGGAGAAACCUUAUAAAUGCUUGCAUUGUGGCAAGAGCUUUGGUCGCAGUUCACAGCUUACUAUCCAUCAGCGUAUCCACACUGGGGAGGAACCUUAUAAAUGCUUGCAUUGUGGAAAGAGCUUUGCUCAGAAUUCAUAUCUUACUGUCCAUCUGCGUAUCCACACUGGGGAGAAACCUUAUAAAUGCUUGCAGUGUGGAAAGGACUUUGCUCAGAGUUCUGAACUUAUUGUCCAUCAGCGUUUCCACACUGGGGAAAAACCUUAUAAAUGCUUGCAGUGUGGAAAGGGCUUUGCUUGGAGUUCAGGACUUAUUGUCCAUCAACGUAUCCACACUGGGGAGAAACCUUAUAAAUGCUUGCAGUGUGGAAAGGGCUUUGCUUCAAGUUCAGGUCUUAUUGUCCAUCAACGUUUCCACACUGGGGAGAAACCUUAUAAAUGCUUGCAGUGUGGAAAGGGCUUUGCUCAGAGUUGUGAUCUUAUUGUCCAUCAGCGUAUCCACUCUGGGGAGAAACCUUAUAAAUUCUUGCAGUGUGAAAAGGACUUUGCUUCAAGUUCAAAACUUGCUAACCAUCAACGUUUCCACACUGGGGAAAAACCUUAUAAAUGCUUGCAGUGUGGAAAGAGUUUUACUCAGCGUUCAACUCUUACUGUCCAUCACUGUAUCCACACCGGGGAGAAACCUUAUAAAUGCUUGCAGUGUGGAAAGGGCUUUGCUUGGAGUUCAAGUCUUACUGUCCAUCAACGUUUCCACACUGGGGAGCAACCUUAUAAAUGUUUGCAGUGUGCAAAGAGUUUUGCUCAGCGUUCAACUCUUACUGUCCAUCACUGUAUCCACACUGGGGAGCAACCUUAUAAAUGCUUGCAGUGUGGAAAGGGCUUUACUCGGAGUUCACACCUUACUCUCCAUCAGCGUAUCCACACUGGGGAGAAACCUUAUAAAUGCUUGCAGUGUGCAAAGGGCUUUGCUUCGAGUUCAAGUCUUAUUGUCCAUCAACGUAUCCACACUGGGGAGAAACCUUAUAAAUGCUUGCAGUGUGGAAAGGGCUUUGCUUCGAGUUCAAAACUUACUCUCCAUAAGCGUAUCCACACUGGGGAGAAACCUUAUAAAUGCUUUCAGUGCGGAAAGGGCUUUGCUUCGAGUUCACACCUUACUCUCCAUCAGCGUAUCCACUCUGGGGAGAAACCUUAUAAAUGUUUGCAGUGUGGAAAGGGCUUUGCUUCGAAUUCAAAUCUUACUGUCCAUCAGCGUAUCCACACUGGGGAGAAACCUUAUAAAUGUUUGCAGUGUGGAAAGGGCUUUGCUUCGAGUUCAGACCUUACUGUCCAUCACCGUAUCCACACUGGGGAGGAACCUUAUAAAUGCUUGCAGUGUGGAAAGGGCUUUGCUUUGAGUUCAGACCUUACUGUCCAUCACCGUAUCCACACUGGGAAGAAACCUUAUAAAUACUUGCAGUGUGGAAAGGGCUUUGCUUCGAGUUCAAGUCUUACUGUCCAUCAACACUUCCACACUGGGGAAAAACCUUAUAAAUGCUUGCAGUGUGGAAAUUGCUUUGCUUCGAGUUCACAACUUACUAGAGACCUCCCUGGCCACCAGCAAAUCCACACUGGGGAGAAACCUUAUAAAUGCUUGCAGUGUGGAAAGGACUUUGCUUCAAGUUCAAAUCUUACUGUCCAUCAGCGUAUCCACACUGGGGAGAAACCUUAUAAAUGCUUGCAGUGUGGAAAGAGCUUUGCUCAAUGUUCAAACCUUACUAACCAUCAGCGUAUCCACAUUGGGGAGAAACCUUAUAAAUGCUUGCAGUGUGGAAAGAACUUUGCUCAAAAUUCAGAGCUCACAUUCCAUCAGCGUAUCCACUCUGGGGAGAAACCUUAUAAAUGCUUGCAGUGCGGAAAGAGCUUUGCUCAAAGUUCUUAUCUUCCUGUCCAUCAGCGUAUCCACACUGGGGAGAAACCACAUAAAUGCUUGGAGUGUGGAAAGGCCUUUGCCUCGAAUUCAGAGCUCAUUGUCCAUCAGCGUAUCCACACUUGUGGAAAGGGCUUUGCUUCGUUUUCAGAGGUUAUUGUCCAUCAACCUAUCCACACUGCCAAAAGGUUCAAGAUCACAGACAUUGUCAAAGCUGAACAGUUUUUGAGAAGAUACGGAGAUCUUCGUAAACCACCACAUCAACCUUCCAAAGAACUGGUUGAAAAAGAUCUUACUGAAGAAGAAAAGGCAGAAGAAGCAACUGGAGGAACAAAAUCAUCAUCAGAUGAAGAAGAAGUUGGCUGA